ACAAAAAAUUUCAAAAUCAAAACCGAGCAACCAAAAGAAGAUAAACUGUUUUUCCCUUUUCCUUGACAAUUGAGAGAGAUAAAUAACAAUACACCAAAAAAAAAAAAACUAUUUACCUCCUUCCCUUACAACAAGGAACAGGAAAAAUCAGAAAUUAUUCAACCUUCUUUUUUCUAUCCUGUUAAUCCAUUUUCAACAACUCUGUUGAAUUUGUUUGUUCUCCUUCAUGCUUUGAACGAUUUGAUUUUUUUUUAUUAUACGAAAAAAAAUUAUGGCAACAGAGAUUUUGCGGCCGCAGGAUAUAUUAACUCAAUGGUUCAGAGUUUCACCGUCGGUGUGUUAUCGUCGGAGAAACAAUUUUGGAAACGGAAAUGAGUAUAUUAGCUCUAGGUCAUCUUAUGGGAACCGGAAACAGGUGGUUAGAACGGAAAAGGAAAGAUCUGAGAAGAAGAAGGUGAGAAACCAACCUGAGCCGUUGAUGAGGAGGAGAUCUGCGAGUUCCGAUGAUUUGAGACCGACUCUCAACGCCGGUAAGUCUAACGGUGGCGUAGUUAUGGGACAGGUAACGAUUUUGAGGAGAGGCGAGUCUUUGGAUUCGCUGAACUCCGUUUAUGGAACCGGACCGGGUCAACGCGAAAAGGUGCACAAGCAGAUCCGGGUCGGGUUAUCAUCGGCCGACGUCUACGCCGGUUCAGCUUUUUCAAAUUCGCCGUCGCCUAGAGCUCUUCCGUUGCCUUCCUUUUUCAACAAAAAGCAAGAGGAUUUCAAGUCUGAUGACUUCGCCAGUAGAGAUUUGAGGCGCUUGCUCCGGCUGGAACACUAGGAGGAUCCGGUUAUGACGUUCCCUUAAAAUGAUCCGACCCGAUCCGAUCCGAUCCGAAUCGACAAUAAUAGAAUUUUCGGGAUCUUAAUUUCUCCAUGAUAUUUUUUAGACAUGUGGAGAAGAUGAAAAGGUCUGAAAAUUUGAGAAAUUUAGAAAAAGAAUUAUAUCUAUCUUAAAUUUUUUUGUAAAAUAUGAAUUUAUUUUUAUUGAUCAAAGCAAUAUUGGGAGGGUUUUGUUGUAAAAAUAUGGGAAUGGAAUAUUAUAAUAUAUAUGUAUAGUACUAACUACUAUAUAUGAUAAAAUACGGGAAUGGGAAUAAUUAUGGGAGAAAUUAGUAAAGUGGUUGGAGGGGAAGAAGAUGUUGUGCUGCUCUGUUAAUUAACUGACUGAAGAUGAUGUUGAACGAGCAAAUUUUCAGUUUCUUUCUUGUAAAUCGUAAGAUAAUACUUAUCAAUACUACAAAUAUUCAGUGAUCAAGAGUUUAAUAUUGUUUAA